UUUCUUUCCCAAGAUUUUCCAUUUCCACACACACAGUCUCCUCUCUCUGUAUCAAUUCCAUAAAACCUCGUCAAAUUCCAACUUUUCUCCUUAUUUGAUUCCAUCGGAGAUUGUGAAGGUCGUCACCUAGGGAUUCUACCGGAUUCGCGGUGAAGAACUGAUUAUUGUAUACGGCGGCGGCAGCGGCGGCGGCGGUAAGGAAAGAUGCUGCGAUCAUGGUGUAGUCGGUGCUUGGGGCGGCGGAGCGGCGACGGAUUGCUAUGGCACAUGGAUUUGAAGCCCCACGCGUCAGGAGACUUUUCAAUUGCGGUUGUGCAGGCGAAUUCGAAUUUGGAGGAUCAGAGUCAGGUUUACACGUCGCCGUCCGCCACAUACGUCGGCGUGUACGACGGCCAUGGCGGACCGGAGGCAUCUCGUUUUGUUAAUCGCCACCUGUUUCCUUAUCUUCACAAAUUUUCUUCUGAGCAUGGAGGAUUGUCAUCUGAUGUGAUAAAGAAGGCAUUCAAUGCCACAGAAGAGGAAUUCACUCGUUUAGUGAAGAGAUCAUUGGCACUGAAGCCUCAAAUCGCUUCGGUGGGAUCAUGUUGCCUUGUAGGUGCAAUUUCAAAUGGAGAAUUGUACGUUGCGAAUUUGGGGGAUUCGAGGGCUGUUCUUGGUAGGAGAGGCUUUGAUGGAGAAAAAAAUUUGGUGGCUGAAAGGUUGUCCACAGAUCAUAAUGUUUCAUGUGAGAAUGUGAGGAGGGAGGUCAAAGCUCUGCAUCCCGACGAUACUCAAAUUGUUGUUUAUUGUCGUGGAGUUUGGAGAAUCAAAGGAAUUAUUCAGGUGUCUAGAUCAAUCGGCGACCUUUAUUUGAAGAAACCCGAGUUUCACAGAGAUCCCAUAUUCCAACAAUUCGGGAACUACGUCCCGAUGAAGCGACCACUAUUGACUGCCGAACCCUCCAUUGUAAGGAGAAAGCUCAGACCUCAAGACUUGUUUCUGAUUUUUGCCUCGGAUGGUCUCUGGGAACACCUCAGCGACGACACAGCAGUGCAGAUAGUAUCCAAAUACCCGAGAGCUGGAAUAGCGAAGAGAUUAGUAGCGGCAGCAAUGCAAGAAGCUGCUAAGAAGCGAGAAGUGCGAUACAAAGAUAUUAGGAAGAUCGAGAGGGGAAUCAGACGACAUUUCCACGACGACAUCAGUGUCAUCGUCAUCUACCUUGAUCAUCAAAAAGUCUCGACCAAACAAGGUACUAUUGGCUGCACUGCUGCCCCUCUCGACAUAUUUUCGUUUCAUUCUGACCAAGUCGUCGAGGAUUUAGGCGACGGGAUUUCCCGACCAAGAGUUGCAUAUUGACUGAUGACUGAGUAGAUAAUUUACUUGAUGAUGGUACAAAGUAGAGAUUAGAAUCUAGAAACUAGAAAGAAUUGUGUGGGUGGGCGGGUGUGUGUUAUGAAUGAAUAUAUAUAUAUAUAUAUUAUUAUAGGUUGUCUGAAACUUUUGUUUUGAUUUUUCCCAUAGAAAGAAAGAAACUAACAGUUGGUUUUUGAAGAUUAGGGUCUUAACACACACCAUCAUAUGCUGUUCUUUGAAUCAGAUCAGAUCGAUUUCUUACACAAUUUUAUUAAAAAUUACUAUUCAUUUGGUGGUUUUGUUGUAGUUUUUGGUGUCUGAUUCUUAUUUGCUUUCUGACAUGUACUGUAGUAUUUUGUAAUUUAUACCAAUAUAUUAAAGUAAAUGUGGACUUUAUACUUUGCUAAUUACCGAGACAAUUCUGUUCUAAUAAUCAAAUUUUGUUUCAAAUCAUUGACAAGUGAGAUGGGUUUUGAAGAGUUUCUUCAUGGGGUUUGAAACCAUCUAAUAAUGUACGUGAGAUAAAAAGAAACACGAAAUAAAUUCUUUACAUUUAAAAUAUUAUAUUAAUAAAUAUUUAUAUUAUAUCAAAUAAUUAUUUCUGUUUACAAUUUUACCAACCAAAACCCUAUAAAUAACCAUGCCCUUUGUUACUUUCUUUUGAUUGUAAAAUUUCAAAUAAUAAUAUAACUAAGUAUUUUGAUAAAUAAUGUUAAGUGGGUAUACAUGUACUUUUAUUUUUUUUAAGUGGUCUCUCAUAAGUAAACAUAACAUGACUUUUACAAUAGCAUGCUAAUAUAUAUAUAUAUAUAUAUUUACCUAUUUACAAAAUUAAAAUCCAGAUAAAAAUAUUUAAAAACUUUAGUAGGUACCUGCCUAUUAUUCAAAAUGGUUUGACAGCUAUUCAACCUAAUUGAUAGUUUUUGUAGUACCACCUUCCUCUAGACUUGACCACCUAUUAUUCAAUAUAUAUAUAUAUAUAUAUAUUAUCUCCGACAUGACUUAAUGUAUAUUUUUAUUUUAUCAUAAUAAAUGUAAAAGAAUAAUAUUUUAUUAAUAACUAAAAAAAUUAUAAGAUAAUUUUUUAUUUUUAAAAAUACAAGAGAAAAGAAAUGCAUAUAUACUCCCUCUGUCAGGUCACAAAGAGAAUAACUUUUUUAUUUGUACGUAAAUUUUUUAAUAUUAUUGAAUAUUAGUAUUUUAUUAGAUUAUAGUAACAAGACAAAAAUAUCCAUAUUAU